AUGGGCAACACAAUCUCCGACCUAACACCUGCACCAUUACCCGCCAACACCAUCGCAACGUCCUACAAUCGAAGAGGAAACUACACCAUCAGCUCCACCCUCGGCACUGGUAUCUAUGGGAUCGUGUAUCGCGUCACUCACCCACCCGCCAACAAACUCUUCGCCAUGAAAGUCCUUCAAACAUCCAUUGCAGCAAAGUUACGCAGAUUCCGCGAAGAAGCGACUAUUUUAGCCACUCUCUCUCAUUCCAACAUUAUGGCUCUGGAUGAUAUUGGCGGUACGUCCGACGCUUCUAAUGGGCCCUGGAACGCGUGUGUCAUCACCGAACUCGCGGAUUACAAUCUCGUCGACUUUUAUGCUGCUUACUCGACACUGGGUAUGUCAGACUUGGACGAAGCAAUUGCACAAACAGUCGCGCAUCAAGUUCUUGCUGCGUUGAGCUAUCUGCAUGGCAAAGGUCUUGCACACAGAGACGCUAAACCCGCCAACAUCAUGGUCUUUGAAGGUUCGCGAGCUAUGCCUUUGACGUUCAAGCCUGCGGACUUUGGGCUCGCGGCGAGUUUUUGCGAUGAUGGGGAUGCGGCUGUGCCGGUCGCUCGCUACACGGCGUCUGAUUUGCUGCUGCAAGGCUAUCAUGUAGAGGAGGUAAGUAAAGCAGAUAUCUGGGCUCUUGGAAAGAUCUGCAGGGAUCUGUGUACGCAAGCACUUAUGUUUCCGCAUGCAGAGAAAGUCAUGGGUGCUUGGGCGACUGAAGCAACGGAGUGGAUGUUGAAAAAGAAUGUUAAGGACAGGCCUACGGCUAGAGAAUGUAGAGAAGCUGUUUGGGUGAGACAGGGAGAAAGGCUGUCUAACGGANUUUGUGAAGGUGUGAAGCAAGAAUUGGGGUUGAGGGCGUGUGAGAGAGAUGGUGAGAUGGAGAUGGAGAUGUAA